UCCUUUGUUCGCCCUCGUUGCGCAGUAGUGCAGUCAGCUUCCCGGUUGUGGGCUCGGGCGUGCGGCUUUCACUCGAGUUGAGCUGCUGGGCAUUCCUUGCCGGCGAGCUCGAAGGAGCUUAGGACCGUCGUCACCCCUGCGAUUCACUGGGGUAAAAAAAAUGGUUGAAGCAGAUCGCCCAGGAAAGCUCUUCAUUGGUGGGCUUAAUACAGAAACAAAUGAGAAAGCCCUUGAAGCAGUAUUUGGCAAAUAUGGACGAAUAGUGGAGGUACUCUUGAUGAAAGACCGUGAAACCAACAAAUCAAGAGGUUUUGCUUUUGUCACCUUUGAAAGCCCAGCAGAUGCUAAGGAUGCUGCCAGAGACAUGAAUGGAAAGUCCUUGGAUGGGAAAGCCAUCAAGGUGGAACAGGCUACCAAGCCGUCAUUUGAAAGUGGUAGGCGUGGACCACCUCCACCUCCACGAAGCAGAGGCCCACCAAGAGGUCUUCGGGGAGGAAGAGGAGGAAGUGGAGGAACUCGAGGACCUCCCUCACGUGGAGGGCACAUGGAUGAUGGUGGCUAUUCCAUGAAUUUUAACAUGAGUUCUUCCAGGGGACCUCUUCCAGUAAAAAGAGGACCACCACCACGAAGUGGGGGUCCUCCUCCUAAAAGAUCAGCCCCUUCAGGACCAGUUCGCAGCAGCAGUGGAAUGGGAGGAAGAGCCCCUGUAUCACGUGGAAGAGACAGUUACGGAGGCCCACCUCGGAGGGAACCCCUGCCCUCUCGCAGAGAUGUUUAUUUGUCCCCAAGAGAUGAUGGAUACUCAACUAAAGACAGCUAUUCAAGCAGAGAUUACCCGAGUUCUCGUGAUACAAGAGAUUAUGCACCACCACCAAGAGACUAUACCUACCGUGAUUAUGGUCAUUCCAGUUCACGUGAUGACUAUCCAUCAAGAGGCUAUAGUGAUAGAGAUGGAUAUGGUCGUGAUCGGGACUAUUCAGAUCAUCCAAGUGGAGGUUCCUACCGAGAUUCCUAUGAGAGUUAUGGUAACUCACGUAGUGCUCCACCUACACGAGGGCCCCCGCCAUCUUAUGGUGGAAGCAGUCGCUAUGAUGAUUACAGCAGCUCACGUGACGGAUAUGGUGGAAGUCGAGACAGUUACUCAAGCAGCCGAAGUGAUCUCUACUCAAGUGGUCGCGAUCGGGUUGGCAGACAAGAAAGAGGGCUUCCUCCUUCUAUGGAAAGGGGGUACCCUCCUCCACGUGAUUCCUACAGCAGUUCAAGCCGCGGAGCACCAAGAGGUGGUGGCCGUGGAGGAAACCGAUCUGAUAGAGGGGGAGGCAGAAGCAGAUACUAGAAACAAACAAAACUGGACCAAAAUCCCUGUUCAAAGAAACAAACAAAGUGGAAACUAUUCUGUCAUAACUACCCAAGGACUACUAAAAGGAAAAAUUGUGUUA